AUGGCGACUUCUUGCGAAAGCGAGAAUAGCGCAUUAUUUAAAUGGCUAUCAGAAUAUUUACACAACCUUUUGUUCCAGCCAGAUGAUGAGCUUGCAUUCAAUACAUUUGAGACUUGUGUGGCAAAGGAUGUGACCAUGAAAAUUAAUCAUGACUACAUCCCUCGCCAAGCGUACUUUGAGCAUAUCAUGGAUGAUCGUGCUUGCCAUGGCCUGGCCCUCAUCAGCCAAAAGCAGCUCAAAGUGUGGGAAGCGCCUGGAGGGGGUGGUUCCAUCAUCUACGAAGGGGAACUUGUGUACAACGAUAAGAAGACGGGAGAAAAGGAAGUCUGCGCUUUUGUCAUGAUUGCAGAUAUAAGCAAGGGAGACGACGGCAAUUUCACAAUUGUGCAUUCCACAGAGAUGUGCCACGCCAAGUUCAAGGAAAAUUGA